UAAUUUAUCUUGUUGAAAACAACAUAUAAAUAACACCAUACCAUAACACAUUCAAUAUAGCCAUCAUCAACAUUGCCAAUAAAGAUAUUUAUUUGUUUACUUAGUAAACACUAAAAUUCUACCAUGGCUGCUUCAACAAUGUCUCUCUCUUCUUCAUCAUUGGUUGGGAAGGCAAUCAAGCUUUCCCCCUCUACUCCAGACCUUGUCAUGGGAAGAAUUACCAUGAGGAAAACAACCACCAAGAAGAAUGUUCCUUCUGGAAGCCCAUGGUACGGUCCAGACCGUGUCAAGUACUUGGGUCCAUUCUCUGGUGAAGCUCCAUCUUACCUUACUGGUGAAUUUCCCGGUGACUAUGGAUGGGACACUGCUGGACUUUCUGCUGAUCCGGAGACCUUCUCUAAAAACCGUGAACUAGAGGUCAUUCACAGUAGGUGGGCUAUGUUGGGAGCCUUGGGAUGUGUCUUCCCUGAGCUCUUGGCUCGCAAUGGUGUUAAAUUCGGUGAGGCCGUGUGGUUCAAGGCAGGAUCUCAAAUCUUUAGUGAGGGUGGACUUGACUACUUGGGAAAUCCAAGUCUAGUCCAUGCACAAAGCAUCCUUGCUAUAUGGGCUGUCCAAGUUAUCUUAAUGGGUGCUGUUGAGGGUUAUCGUAUUGCAGGUGGACCUCUCGGUGAGGUUGUCGACCCACUCUACCCAGGUGGUAGUUUUGACCCAUUAGGCCUAGCUGAUGACCCAGAGGCUUUUGCAGAGUUAAAGGUGAAAGAACUCAAAAAUGGAAGGUUAGCUAUGUUUUCCAUGUUUGGAUUCUUUGUUCAAGCUAUUGUAACCGGAAAAGGACCUAUAGAGAAUCUUGCUGACCACCUUGCUGACCCAGUUAACAACAAUGCAUGGGCCUAUGCCACAAACUUUGCCCCUGGAAAGUGAGCCAAAACUACACCAUACCAAUGAGAAGUGAUUUCUGAAGCAAACAAUGAGAAUUCAUAUGCUUUGAGAAACAUAUGGUGCAUUUAGAUUUUUUUAAUUCUUUCAAGUUUGUACUUUUUAAGAGAGUGAAAUGAAUGUGAUUAUGUGAAUGAUGAUCAUGCAUAUUAUCAACACUGUAGCAGACCUAAUGAAAUGCCAAAGUAUUGUGCAGUUGAUUCUUCCAAAAUUCUAAGU